AAGUCAUCAAGAAAUCUCAUCCAUUCUGUCACACUUUGUUGUUUUGCUGCACAAACAGGAAACACUUCCAUUUACUGAAAUAACUUCUUCUUCUUGUGUCUCUGCAUAUUCACCAAUCCCAUCUCAGGUGGCAUUCAAGAAACAAGGAAUUCUCAUAUUUGGUUGGAAAUCAGUGGAAAAUUUCUUGAGUUCUUUAACCUUCAAUCCUAUACACUCUAAAAAGUAACAAGAUAUUCUUGGACUGAUACACAUGAAUGCACGCUUGAUGGGAUAAUCUUUCUAUGAGAAAGGGCAGUCUUGUAAAUUUCUCAAAUAAGCCUUGCUUCUCAAAAUCCGCUAAACUAUCAAGAAGUUUGAGCUAGUUCACAUUGAUUUCUUACAAGCUCUGAAGUUGAUCAGCAUGUUCAUUCGUUUCCUGUGAAGAUAUAAACUGAUGUAAUAUCUAUUCUUACUAAUUAUAGGAUAGCACUAACUCUUUAGACACAAUCUUGUCCUUUCUCCUCAAACCUCACAAAAAUCACCAUUGUCUUCCAUAAAGUAAAUUAACAGUUUACCAGAACAAGUGUAGAUACAACAAAAGCAAUGAGUCAAUUUUCAUUUACUUCUUCUUCGGGCUCUAAUUUCACUCUCUUCUAUCAUUCUCAGAACCACAAUCCUUCAAAGUUUCAUGUUUCCAUCCCCUUUAGAACAUCCCAACCAUCGCCUUCACAUCCUCUAUUACCUCCCUUAUGUUCCCGUGAGCCAUCUUCCUCAUCACCACUUCUUGAAGAAAAGCCAGAAACAUCACAAUCUUCUUCUAAGUUUUAUCCCCAAGAUAGUGAUGGAGUUGCUGAUGAGAUCAGCACUACGAAGAAGUCCUUGGAAGAGUUACUUGUGGUUCGUAGGCCGGUGAAGGAACCUUACGGGGAAGAUGGUGAUGUUAAAGGGGAAGAGAUGAGUAAAUUUGAGGAUUCUCAAGAGAGAAAUGAUCUUUUGGUAGAGCAACCGUCUUCCUCGUCAUUUCCACUUGAUGCUGGCCUUAAGAAAUUUGCAAAAAAGAUGCCAAUUUUUGAGCCAAAUAGGCUGGAAUCUGGAUCUGGAGAGAAGCCACUUAAAGUCAAUUUAGACUUAGCUCUGUAUAAGGCAAAGAUUUUGGCUCGAAAGUUUCAGUACGCAGAUGCAGAGAAAAUUUUGCAACAGUGUAUUGAUGUCUGGCCUGAAGAUGGGAGAUCAUACGUUGCUUUGGGAAAGAUUUUGAGUAAGCAAUCAAAACUAAACGAAGCCAGAACUGUUUAUGAGAAAGGCUGCCAAGCAACACAAGGAGAAAAUCCUUACAUUUGGCAGUGCUGGGCUAUUCUGGAAAAUAGGAUGGGUAAUUUACGGAGAGCUAGAGAACUAUUUGAUGCUGCCACAGUUGCUGACAAGAAGCAUAUUGCAGCCUGGCACGGAUGGGCAGUUUUAGAGCUAAAGCAAGGGAAUAUAAAGAAGGCAAGAAAUCUUCUUGGCAAAGGCCUCAAGUUUUGUGGAGGUAAUGAGUACGUAUACCAAACUCUUGCACUCCUCGAAGCUAAAGCAAAACGAUACGAAAGAGCACGUUUUUUGUUCAAGCAGGCGACAAGGUGUAACAGAAAAAGUUGUGCUAGUUGGCUGGCAUGGGCUCAACUAGAGGCUCAAUUAGAGAAUAACCGUGCUGCUAGGCAGCUGUUUGAGAAAGCAGUUCAGGCCAGUCCGAAAAAUAGGUUUGCGUGGCAUGUGUGGGGAGUUUUUGAAGGUAAUCUCGGAAAUAUUGACCAAGGACGGAAACUUCUGACAAUUGGCCACAUGGUGAAUCCUAGAGAUCCUGUUCUCCUGCAAUCACUUGCUUUGAUAGAAUACAAGAACUCCAGUGCAAACCUCGCACGAGUUUUAUUCCGGAGGGCAUCUCAAUUGGAUCCAAGACAUCAACCAGUUUGGAUUGCUUGGGGUUGGAUGGAGUGGAAAGAAGGAAACAUUUCCACUGCUCGGGAACUAUACCAAAAAGCUCUGUCAAUCAAUUCAACAACUGAAAGUGCUGCACGCUGUCUUCAGGCUUGGGGUGUUUUGGAGCAAAGAGCUGGAAAUCUAUCAGCUGCUCGAAGAUUAUUUAGAUCGUCUCUGAACAUAAACUCUCAGAGCUAUAUAACAUGGAUGACAUGGGCAAAUUUGGAGGAAGACCAAGGUAACUCCGUGCGUGCAGAGGAAAUUCGUAACCUCUACUUUCAACAGCGUACUGAAGUUGUCGAUGAUGAGUCGUGGAUUAUGGGUUUCUUAGAUGUCAUUGACCCGGCGAUUGAUAGCAUAAAGAGGCUCUUGAAUUUAGAUCAAAACUCUUAUUACAAGGUAAAGGAGUCUACUUCUAAUACUAUUGCUGGAGACGAGACCGAUGGGAACACAGAAGAAUCAGCUGGCUCCUCCUCGGGUAACAUCAAUGACAAUAACAUAGAUACAGGAAGCGGCUUUGAUUUAGAUGAUUUUAUCCGUGUAAUGUUGUCUUUGGACCCUUCAAAACUGGAAGUUCAGCUUCAAACAUCUCUAAAGGACCCUCCAAAGAUUGCCAGAACUACUAGUGGGGUGUGGCGACCAGCGACGAAAGCUAGUAGGACAUCAACAAAACUUUGAUUUUUAUGAAGUGUACUUUGUUCAAUGUAUCUUCUUUAUCUCAUAAUUGGCAUUGCAACAUUCAUUAGUGUUGUCAAAUGAAGAAGUCUUGAACCACAUUUGUAAAUUAUUUAGGAAGAUUGAGAAGAAUUGUAAUCAAAUUACCUAGAAAUACAUCUACACAUAUUAUGAGAAGCAUUGUAUAAUAUCAUUGUGAAAAAUGCAGUUCAUCGUUUCUAGCUA